GAAAAGCAGAUGUCAACACUGGAGAGGUUGGCCAAGAAGAAGUACAUGGGUGUGUGGAGAUGAGGGUCACAGCUGAUGGCCAGGAUGAUGAGAAGGUUCCCAGAGAUGGUGACCAAGUACAUCCCCAAGAACAGCCCAAAGACGACCUCUUCUUGCUUUGACUGCCCAGCAAGUCCCAGGAGGAGGAAUUCUGUGGCUGAUGUCUGGUUCUUUUUGUCCAUAUCUUUGGGGAAGAAAGUUCCAUUUCAAGAGGCCAGAUGAACAGUUUUGUUCGGAGUCUUACCUGCCCUUCAGUUGUCCUCCAUCAGCUGUUGGGAUGCACUGAGCUGCCUGAGAGGCAUAGUUCUCCUUCCUGCUGUCAGAAAAGGACGGUGCAGAUACUCAAGCAACUGGGAUGUUUUUCUAUUGGAAGAAAGAGAUUCACAGACUGAAAAAGAGCCAACUCACAUCUAAAAAUAAACUUCAGGAUGAAGAAACCAGCACAGUCAAGGGAGGCAGCUGAAAACCGUGUCUGCUGCGUCUCUGUGAAGAUUCGGGGUACUUAAAUAGGGAGAGAGGGGAGCUGUUCCCUCGGUGACCAAAGGCCUGGGAAAGGGAAGUGAGAGGGAUGACUGUGUGUGAUCCGGUCUGCCUGCUGGGACAGAGGGUGCUCUAGUGAACAUUUUGAGAGGAUUGGCUUGUGUGGAGAUGCUCAGGAAGUAAUGAUUCGACCGCUGAAGGGAGUCAUACCAGGGAAAUUAAGCCACGGUGCUGAACUGUGAAGUCAUCUAGCUGGGAUUAAUACCCAGACCUGAGACAAGGCACCCUGGACGCGGAGAUACUCCAAGAUGAAAAGGACAGUUCGGUGUUCAGACUUGGACAUUCGACUUCGUUUUUCUGAAUUUGUCUCCAUCUGAGAAAUAUGAAUUUGCAGAAGGUGAACAAAGUUCAGUUUCAUGACAUCAAAGCUUUUUUUUUCUUUUACCGUUUUAGACAGGAUCUCACACAGCCUGAGCUGUUCUCAAACUCACAACAUAGAUAGCCAAGGGUGACCUAGAACUGCUGACUUUCCUGCCUCCAUCCCUCCAGGACGGGCAUGAUAGGCAUGAGCACCACACUUGGUUUUACAUGGUACUGGGGAUGAAACCCAGGCCUUCGUGAAUGCAAGACAAGAGCUCUACCAACUGAGCUGUGUUCUCAGCCCUCUGUGUCUUUAUUAUUUCAUAAGCCUAUGAUUCCACAGUAUAUCCAGUGUUUGUUUAUUUCUAUCAAGUACAUAUUUAUAAAACCGAUUCAAUCUUAUAUAAAUAUCUGUUUGCCAAACUGUAUUCUUGGACUGAGUUCUCUGAAGGAGGCAAUCACUUAGUCUCAUGGUAUCAUGGGGUGGCCAUACCGAAUUUAAGGAAAGGUUCCAAAAUUUAGAGCCAAAUUAGUCUUGGUCUUCUCUGCAGGAUUCAAAGGGGCUCCUGGCAGAGGUGGGGCUCUUGUUGGGGAAGCAUUCUUCCCAGGGGAUGGAAUCUGUAGCUUUGAUGAAAGCCAGCUCCUCUUCAUAGUAGGGGAAGCCUGGGUCUCUUUUAAGCUGCCUAUCCUUGAGUCCCCCCUGCCAGGGCCCCCUGCCAGGCCCCCCCACUCUCACUUCUGCUGGGAAUCCAGCUGCUGAGCAUUAAGCAAAACCAGGGGCCUGACUUGCCUGCCUUUGAGGUAUGGCCGGCUCUGCUCAUUCUCCAGGGCAAAGCUGCACACGAGACUGUUCCUGCACUGGGUCUUACCCUCACUGUCCUCUCAGGCCCAUAUCACACCACAGGUCCCCAGCCCUGUGUCCAUUGUAAAGCUGAUGAAAUUGAAUGUCACAGAACGUCACAGCAGCCUUGCUCUAUACACUCUGCUAAUUACUUUGGCUUUCUUCUGAAUACCCCUAAGCCUUCAGGAUUAAGGUUCAAUUUACCAAUUUAUACUGAGAAACUAAUGACUAAAAAUAGAAAGCCAGUUCUGUGUUUUAAUCUCUGUAACAGUUCAUCUAUCCCCCGGCAUAGAAAACCAGAAGCUUCUAGAGAAAAAGUGAACAAGCUUUUUGCAUUCCACUGUGGGUUUUCCAAGGAAACCUGAAAGGCUAAAUUAGCAGUUCCCUUGUAAACACUUUUUUCCAUUAUAAAACAUAUUUUUUGAGAUUUGUUUUAUUUUAAUCUUUAUGUGUAUGAAUGUUUUGUGUAUAUCUGUGUACCACAUGUGUCUGUAGUACCCAUACCGGCCAGAAGAUGGCGUUAUAUCUCCUGGCACUGGAGUUAUAGGUGAUUAUGCACUGCCAUGUGGGUCCCUAGGAUCAAACUGGGUCCUCUGCAAGAGCAGCCAGUGCUCUUAACUGCUGAGCCAUCUCCCCGGCCCCCAUAAAGCUUAUCUUUCACUUAGAGAUGACAACUGUGAUUUUUUUUAAAAGUCUUCCUUUUAGCCUCAUGGUAUAUGUUGAAUUCCUUCCUAAUUAGUCUUCAUAAGACCACAUCAUUUUUCAAAGUAAUUUAAAAAAAUUUAAUGGCAAUGGAAAUUUAGCCCCCCUCUCUACAAAGUCUUUGAGAGACAAGUAGAGUGAAGAUUUGUAUUCUCAACCCUGAGACCAGUCAUCACUAAAAUCCACGAAGUUCCUUCCACUGACUGAGGUGGGUGGGGAAGUACCUGUAGCAGGAUUUGAACCAGGGACCGGGGAUCCACGGGGACAAAGUGCUCUUUGCAGGAGCAGAGUCCCCUCAGUUCUGCUGUGGGUCUUGUUAGGUCACAGGUUCUGAUGCAGUAGAAAGGUGAGGCCCAAGAUAUUGACCCUGAAAAGCUCUUGUGUGCUGCUGCUGUGGCUCUCUGGACCAUAUUGUAAGUGUGAGACUCUGAGGACUGGGGCCCGUGAGAUGGCUCGGUGGGUUAGGAUACUUGUUGCUGAGCUUGAAGGUCUGAAUUUGAUCCCUCAGACUCACAGGUUAAAAGAAGAGAGUCCGCUCCCCACAAAUUAUCCUCUGACCUCCAUGUAUAUACCACUGCAUCUGCACACACACACACACACACACACACACACACACACACACACACACACAAACAAUAAUGAUAAUAAGUUAACUAAUCUUUAAAAAGGACCUCGAUCCUGUUUUGAGUAGUCAUGAUGGUUUUAAGAGAUGUAUUUGAGGACUUAGUCUGACCUUGGGAAUCAGAGUGGCUUAUAAUGACAGUGAGUUCUGAAGGGACUCAUCUGUCAUCAAUUAGGUGCCCUGAGAAGCCAGGACUUUAUGGAGGGGUGUGGGUGGGAAUCGUAUAGUGUGGAUGGAAAAUCCUGGAUAGCAAAGAGUCCCCCAGUUUCAAUGUGUCCCUAAUGUCUGUCCCUAAGAUGUCAGGUUGCCCUUAUCUUUUGGUGAGGACAUCUUAAGGGUACCAGAAUGGACUUCCACAGUCAAAAUCACCUCAAGAGUCAGUACUGGAAGCAUCAACUUGUCCUGACCUCUCAGAGAGUCCAAGUUUCCUUGAAGAUUCAUAAUGAAAGUCUCUGGGGUUCUGAAUUUAUUCCAAGGUAAGACCUGAGGUCUGGGUUGGGCAGGAUGCACUUGAAACUGAGUUGCUCUGGAGGAUCACCGUUUCCUCAAGGUCUAGGUCACUUCGACAGGUCAUGAUGAUGCCCCGAGGGCUCUGAGUGAGAAGAUGAAAGCGGAGUGAGGAAAUCAGAGAGUAAUUGAGAACUCUGAUGUGUGGGGACUUAGCUGUGAGUGAAGCCACUCAUUCAUGGCUGAGUGAAUUCAGGGGUGAACUUGGGUCAGGGAGAGGCCAGCAGGUGUGGGAGCCAAUGCCAGGAGUCACCUUGUAGAGCAUGAAGGUCCUCAGGCUUCAGUGUGUCUUGGAGUGUCCUACUGUCCUAGGGUGUCAAGGUAUCCAAGAGGACACAGUUGUGACUUUUCAGCCCCAGAGUUCCCUGGAAACAGGUCUUUUGAGCAUCACUCACAUGCCGAGAUGUCAGGCCUUGUUCCUGGCCCCAAUAUCUUUCUCUCCAUUUCCCCCUCCCUGGAGGGGAGGUGCUGAGGAGGGGUGCCUUGCUGGGAAUGUCUUCUCCUCUGUCCCCUGCCUGCUCCCAGAAGGGGGAUUUAACAGGACAAAAGAAUCUGGUCCCCUGGGAAUAUGAGCUCUUGGCCUCAGCCCCUGGACCCUCUGACAGAGCACCGUCCCUCAUCCGGCUUGUGAUCCUCCCCCAAGCCAGGGGGCUCUGGUGACCAAGAAAUGAUUGGACAGGCCCAUGGGGCCAGGAGGAGGUUGCUUCUCCAAGACGGAGGGAGAAAGACAGGUAGCGUGAGAAAGUGGAGGGCGAAGAGAAAACAGAACGGCCUCAGGGAGAGGGAAGUAGAGACAGGCAGAAAACUGGCCAAAGUCAAGAGAGAGAGGAUGAGGUGUCAAUCCGGAGGAAGGAUGGGGGAUUAGGAAAAAGGGGAAAACAGUGAGUGGACAGGUAUCUAGCUACACACACACACACACACACACACACACACACACACACACACACACACAGUAAGGGAGAGACCCAGAAAAAGCUAGAAGAUAGAGAAGAAAGGUCAGAAGACAAGACAGGACAGACAGAGAGAAAGACUACAGGGAGACAGAGACUGGAGGACAGCAGGCUAGCCCAUCUUUGGUUUGGGUGGCUAGUCAUGGAAGCUCAAAGAAGGAACCAGCAGGAGAAACAAAGGAAGGGUCGCACCUGUGGCGGACCGCUGCCUGAGCCGCAGGUGACCUCUGGGACCCUGAUCUCCACAGUAGACACGAGCCCUGAGGCUUUUGGGAGACUCUCUGGUCCGGGACUGGGGAGACCUAAGCUUUGCCCGCAGAGGGGCCGUCCCCACUCCCGGCGUCGUCACCGCACCACCUUCAACCCAGCACAGCUGGAACAGCUGGAGUCAGCCUUUGGGAAGAACCAGUACCCAGACAUCUGGGCCCGAGAGGGACUUGCCCAAGACACUGGCCUCAGUGAAGCCAGAAUCCAGGUCUGGUUCCAGAACCGCAGAGCUAAGGAACGGAAGCAAGAGCGGGCGCUGCUCCAGCCGCUAGCCCGUCUAUCUCCCGCCUCCUUCUCUGGCUUCUUGCCAGAGUCCUCCGCUUAUCCCUACCCCUACACAACACCACCUCCCCCAGUGGCCUGCUUCCCUCACCCCUACAACCACACUCUCUCCUCCCCACCCUCCACAGGUGCCCCGUUCACUCUCCCUCCCCAGCCUGAGGACUGGUACCCCACCUUACACCCAACCCCUGGUCAUCUGCCCUGCCCCCCACCCCCACCCAUGUUUCCCCUCAGUCUUGAGACACCAAAACCCUGGAACUAAGUGGUGACAAGGUCACCCUCUAUCCAUAAACUUCACGAAAUGCAAGAAAAUCGGGGCUCUCUUUUCAUCCUAAGAGUGAAGUUGGAAAUGUGGUGAAGGGCAGUUCAAGACUGGAAAUGGGAAAAGCGGGGCUCUUGAUGAACUGUCAACAGGGUAAGGGGUUAAGAGACUAUGAGGAGGUUAACCGGUAGGAGAGACAAGCUGAACAACUCCAACAGAGGUGACAGGAGGGCAGUGUUGAUGGGACCAGUGGAUGCUGUUGGCGAGGGAUGAUCAAAAGAGAACUUGAAGCUUCAUUCAUUGAGAUCUCGGUAGGAGAACCUGAACGGAGGCUGAAUUUACUCCAGUUGCUCUGAAACCAUCUCCUGACUUCUUUUCCAUUUCAGCAGGCAUGCAGCUUGUGGUGUGGUGUGGUGUGGUGUGUGUGUGUGUGUGUGUGUGUGUGUGUG